AUGGCUCUCUCACUCUCUACAGCUGUACGCCUAUCUUUUCUCUUGAUUCUUGCAUGCACAUCCCAAUACGCAUACGCCGUUGAUUACUACGCAACCGGAGCGCUUGUGUGCCCAGAAUCAAGUCCCUGUACUGGACAAAGUGUGGGCAAUAUCAUCAAUCAAGGGAAUGAUGGUAAAGGGAGCCCUAGACCAACUAUUACUUCCGGUUUAACACUGCAUUGUAGCACGAGUAACUUGCCUACCCCAACGACAAUUUCUAAAGAUGCCAACGGAAACAUUAUCGGACAAGUAAUCAACAGUGGGAAAACUUAUUACAACUGUAACUGGACCACCGGAUCAAAUGACAUGAAUCCUACUGUAACAACGCAGGAUGGAAAAGGAUCAAACUCGGCGGCUGAAAAUGCGGCAGGCUCUUGGAAAUCGAGAAUUAUGAUCGUGGGAGUAAUUGUAGGAAUUUGGAUGGCAUUGAUGUAA